GUCUCCAACUUUCUUCCUGCCUCCCCUCGCCGCCGCCUCCCUCCUCCGCCCGCCCUGCCGCGCUCCCUCCAUCCCGGGAGCCCCGCGGAGCCCCGCGAUGCUCCGCUGCCGCCUGCCCCUGCUCGGGCCCUGGCUGCUGCUGCAGAUGGUGUGUGCUGGGGGCCACAUCGCCAAGACCCUGGGGUACCUGGAGCUGGGCACCUCCGGCCUCCUUAAAGAUGUCCCCUAUGGCACCCUGAAGCCCCCAGUGCUCGACCCCAGACAGCUGAUUCCAGCCAAGCCCCCCCGAGGUGCGGGAACACCCUUGGGUGCUGCGCAGAGCCCCUGGGACUGGCAGAAGAACCAGACGGUCGGGGAGCUGCCAAGCUCCCGUGCCCGGCGCAAGCCCUCACUCAAGUCCGGCCGCACCAAGAAGAUCUUUGGCUGGGGUGACUUCUACUUCAACAUCAAGACACUGAAGUUCAGCCUGCUGGUGACAGGGAAGAUUGUCGACCACAUCAACGGGACCUUCAGCGUCUACUUCCGCCACAACUCCUCCAGCCUGGGCAACGUCUCAGUCAGCAUUGUGCCCCCUUCCAAGGCAGUGGGCUUUGAGGUGCUGGUGCCAGCCCCCCCGCCACUCCCCCGCCCACCCCCCCAGCAGAGCACCCUGCCUGAGGGGCGCCCAGCCAAGGCCCUCAACUGCCAUGUGGAGUAUGAGAAGACCAACCGGGCACGGAAGAACAAGCCCUGCCUGUACGACCCCUCCAAGGUGUGCUUCACUGAGCACACGCAGAGCCACGCUGCCUGGCUCUGCGCCAAGCCCUUCAAGGUCAUCUGCAUCUUCAUCUCCUUUCUCAGCAUCGACUACAAGCUGGUCCAGAAGGUCUGCCCCGACUACAACUUCCAGCAUGACAACCCCUACUUUGGCUGAUGGCCAUGGGAAGGGGCAGUGGGUGCUGGAGCUGAAGGCAGAUGGGGGUACAGUGGAGGUACCCCCUUGCCCUCACACUGGUCCCUCCUUCAUUGCUGCAGCACCUCCCCAGGGCGUAGGAGUGGGGACCUGGGCAUGGCCAGCAC